UUACUCUCCACAUCGGAUGUUAUAAAAUAAUUUGUGUGUGUGUGUGUGCGCCCUGCAGCAUUGUGUGUGUCUUUGUGUGUCUCUGUCAGGAGGAGCUCAUCAUGUGAUCAUGUGACUCUGAGCUCAGUUCAAACUCAGACUUUUCAUCAGAUCGUCGUGACGAGCCUCACAAACACGCAUCAUGGAGCGAAAACUGGAUCUUUCUCGUCUGUCGGACGAAGAAGCAAAACACGUCUGGGAGGUGAUUCAACGAGAUUUUAACCUUCGGAAAAAAGAGGAGGUGCGACUGGGCGACUUGAAGACUCAAAUUGAGAAGGAGGACACGAAGCGAGAGUUGUUGGGUUCUCAGAGUCAACUGUCGGACUCUAUGUGUAUUCGUUGUCUUCAACCGUUCAAGUUCCUGGUCAACAGUAAACGUCAGUGUCUCGACUGUCGCAUGUACACGUGCAAAUCCUGCAGCCGCUACAACAAGAAGGAGCACGGCUGGGUGUGUGAUAACUGCCGCAUGACCAGGGUGUUGAAGAUCGGCACUGUGGGUUGGUACCAUGACAACGUCAGAAACCGAUUCAAACGCUUCGGCAGCGCCAAGGUCAUGAGGUCGUUGUACAAGAGGCUGAACGGGGACGGUGGUCGUGAUGAUGACACACAGAGUAUGCCGGACGUCCGUAACUACAUGGGCAACGUUAACGAGGACGACCACGGCGAGUCCGAGGCUCAGCGCUACAAAGUGAUGAGGAAGAGUAAACGUCUGCUGUCAGUUCAUCCGCUUGACUUUGACUCCGAGGAAUAUUUUCCUCAUUCACGACGAACAUCUGUGCAGCAGAUGCAGGAAGAUCGAUUUUACAGGAAUGACGCUGACUAUGAGACGUACAAUCACCGUGGCAACCGCAGGAAGAGUCUGGAUCGGUACGCCAUGAGGCCCGAGGACAAUGCGGAGAGCAGGAUGGUGCGGACUCGUUCACUGUCUAAGAUCAGCUCGUCGGUUGCUAGGCAACAGUACGUUGAUACCUCCGAUGAGGAUGAGUACCCGAGGUACCCCCCCCCCAUGUACCAGCAGCCCCCCCACCGCCGCAAGAACAGCAGAGCGUCGUCUCAGGAGACCCUGGGACAAGCCCCGCCUAUAAACGAGCUGAGCAAACGCAUGUCGGCCAUCGAGAGUCUGUUAAGUCGUCUGGAGGAGAAGAUGACGCCCGGCGACGAGGCGCCCACUCCGUCCGCUCAGAACGAGGAGGACAAGCUGCGCAGGAAGUUGAACGAGUUGGCGGGAAACCUGAGCGAUAAGGGCUUGUCAUCGGACGACGAGAAGAAGCCCUUCCCUCUGGGUAAAGGUGCAGCCGGCGCCCGCGGCGCUGCCGUGACUCUGGGUUCCCUGAAGGUCAAAGAACUGAGCUCGUCCAGUGACGAGGUCCCGACCGAGGCUCAGAAGGUGUACAUCACCACUGGUCAGUCAUACGAACUGGAGACAAAACUUCGGAAACUGGAGCAGAGCGCCAAAAAUCAUUUUGGAGGGACGACGGACUCUGAGCUGUCGGAUCUGGAGGACGUGGUGGCGCUCACAGCCGCCAGAGUCCAGAGCGCAGAGAGCGAGGUUUCUGAUAUCGAGAGUAAAAUCGCGGCUCUGAGCGCCGCAGGUUCCAAGAAGAAGACUCCAGGAUCUCAUCAGAGGAAGAAAUCCACUCAGGAUCUGUCCAAAACUAACGGAGCACAGUGGAGAUCAAACAACGUUUACUGAACCAGAGAACACCAGAACCUGAGAACACCAGAACCAGAGAACACCAGAACCAGAGAACACCAGAACCAGAGAACACCAGAACCAGAGAACCUUAAAACCUAAACACCCUAAAACAAGAGAACCCUAAAUCUAGAGCCAGAGAACCACGAAACAGAAAAACCAGAGAACCAGGGAAUCUGAGAAUAAGUGAACCUGAGAAGCACGACCCUGAGAACCUGAAAAACUAAAGAGCACUAAUAAGAGAACUAGUUAAAACAGACGUUUUGUUUUACAGUGUACAAGUCAAGGAGACUACUGUGACCCACAUGGGUCAUUUAAAAUGUAAACAUCUUUUCUGGAGCUUUCAAUCAUCUGACAGGGCGGAGCUUCAUCAAGUCUAAACAGAAUAUAACGUUUAAAAAAUGUAUAACAAUUGCAAAAGUAAAAAUGUUAUGUAUCAAUAUUAUUUUAUCCUCAAACUAACCCUAACAAACGGACACAUUUCAGUUUAUAUAUUAAUUCUAUGCAGUUAAAUAUAUGUUUGAUUACUUAUGUGUCAAUAAAUUACAAAAUAAAAUAAUAAAAUACAAACCCACGUCCUUAAAACUAUAGAGUAAAACAUUUGUUACAUAUAUGAAAUUAAAAACGUACUGAGAUAAAGAAACAAAUAUUUAAAAAAUAAAAACGUUUUAAAGAAUAAAUUCAUCAUUUAUUCUUUCACAGGCCUGAAAAUAUAUUUAGAAAAAGUUCAUAAAAUAAGAUAAUAGAUGUUAAAACCAUAUAAAAAAAUCAAAAUACAUUCACAGAUUAAUCAGCUGGUGAAAAACGUUUUAAGUUUUUCACCAAGUUACAUGAAUAAAUAAUACAUUUAAAGACAAUGAUAUAAAAACAAUACUUAAACAGCUUAAAUAAAUCAAUAUUAUCAAUCUGUUUGUGGAAAAGUCGAGAAGUCAAAUUUAUUGAAUGAUGUCAAAUCAAUGUCAGUAAAAACUAAUUAAUAACGGUUUUCUCUCGUUUCCAUUUGUUGAAUAAAUUACUGAACCAUCACCAGCUGGAUAUUAUUGAUCAGUAUAAGAACAUUUAAACGUUUAGUUUCUCUUAUUGAUUUCAGAUUGUUGACCUCAAUGUUCUGAUCAAUAAACUAUGAACCUCUU